AUGGCCCUGCAAUUGCUGGCUCUGAGCUUUCUCCUGGUGCUGGUAUCUCUGCUGGCAGCACAGGGCCAGGAAGAACCUGAUCCCAAGGUCCAAGGAGUGCCUUUUGAAACUGAAACGUGCCAAAGGCCCCAGUGGGACCUAAGACUCCGGCUGACACCAGACCAGGAGAAUUACAAGAAGAAUGAUGAAGUGACACUGAGCUGCUCUGAUGGUUUCCAGCCCUCCUUCACCCACAUCAAGUGUGCAAGGGAAGUACAGUCCAUCAGAGAUCGGAAACCUGUAUACAGAGAAGUUUGGCUUGGAAAAGACAGCAGAGGUGGCUGGAUCCGCAUUCGGUCAAAUGUGGUGUGCAUCGAGAUCCUCCAGGUCGUCCCCGGGACUUUGGAGAUUUCCAGCACCAGCAUCAAACUGAACUGGACCUGUGGGCUCCCUGAUGGCUGCCAGAACAUGCGGGCCUUAUGCCGGCUGUCAGAGCCUUCCUCUCCUCCCUGCGAGGCUGAGGAGGUGAAGGGAGAGGAGAUGCUACAUGGCCAGGAGGGAACAUUUACCUGUCCACCUCUGCAGCCCUACACUGUCUACAGUGUCACCAUCCUCCUGCCCCCCAGCACAAUAGUUUUCACAUGGUUGGUCAGAACAGAGGAAUCAGUGCCAGACAAAGUGGAGAAGCUGUGGCUGGAUUCCAGCACGGGAUCCCUCAGGUGGAAGGCGCUGCCGUCCUGCAAAGGGGAGAUCAUUGGAUACCAG